AUGGAAGCCUCUUCUGUGUUCAGACAAACCCACAUUAACCGGUCACAAACGUCGGUCCAAGAUAAAGAGUUACCUCCGAUACCGCCGCCGUCGUCUACAGAAGAUGAAAGUAAUAAUUUGCAAAUCCGACCAUCGUUUUCUUCUACUCCAAGACCUUCCUUGGAUGGACUAGAUGAUCCCAAGAUCAUGCAGGUGAAAUCUUUAAAACGCAAGAACCUCAAACAACUAUCGUUAAAUACGUUAUCUCCGUUGGGUACAUGUCAGCCUGUUCUGCUGGGUGGCGGAGGUGCUUUAUCGCUUGAAGAAUGUGGUUUCAUCUCCCUGGCUUCAACGUUAAGUUCUGCAUCAUCAGAACUCCAUCAAAGCCACCCUCUUCUUAGUAAGAGUAGUCUGCUUCAUUUAUCCAAGGUUCCAAGCAACAGUGGUUCAAGUUCGAUUCGACUCACUCAAAACCUGAAAUCUACUAUUGAUUUGGAAUCAAAUUCCGCAACCAGCAUAAUCAUCGAUCAUUUGUCUGAUUUGGAUUUAAGAUCCAAAGCGAGUAAGAAUUCACUCGUUUCAUCGUCUUCAAGCAUAAAUACCACUUCGACCAAUGGGAACGAUGCAAAUCGAAAUCAUCAUAGUCAUCAACAACGUAAACGUCAAACAAUCAUUUCUUCCAUUUCCCCAACAAAAUCCUCCAGUUCUUCUUCUCCAAGAGCUUCUCCAAUCACUGGAAUUGCAACUUCAUCAUCAACAACAAGCGGAGAAGAUUUGAAGUCUCCUAUAUCAACAACAGCUUCUAUCAAGUUCAAUAAUGAAGAUAUCGUCACUUUAAAACAAUUGGGUUCAGGUAAUUCUGGUAGUGUUUCCAAAAUCUUGCAUAUUCCAACUCAAAAGACUAUGGCCAAAAAGAUCAUUCAAAUUGAAUCCAAAACUAUCAUUCAAAAUCAAAUUAUACGAGAACUAAAGAUCCUUCAUGAAUGUCAAUCUCCAUAUAUAAUUGAAUUCUAUGGAGCUUUUAUUAAUACAAAUAAUACGGUUGUUAUUUGUAUGGAGUAUUGCAAUUGUGGAUCACUUGAUAAAAUCCUCCCUUUUUGUGAAUAUCAUAGAUUCCCAUUGAACGUUCUUAAAAAGCUUUCGUUUUCCAUUCUUUCGGGGUUAACAUAUUUAUAUGAUACUCACAAGAUUAUUCAUAGAGAUAUCAAACCUUCUAAUGUUCUUAUGACUCAUAAGGGAGAAUUUAAAUUAUGUGACUUUGGAGUAUCUCGAGAAUUAACCAAUUCCCUAGCAAUGGCCGAUACGUUUGUGGGGACUUCGGUUUAUAUGUCACCAGAACGUAUUCAAGGUUUAACAUAUGGUAUAAAAUCAGAUAUUUGGUCAAUGGGUCUAAUGAUAAUUGAAUUGGCAAGUGGUCAACAUGUUUGGCGUAAUAAUGAGGAAGAUGAAGAAGGAACAAUCAAUGGGAAUGGUGGACAUAAUGGCUCUUUCAAAAGAGAUAAUGGCCCAGAGGGGAUUUUAGAUCUCUUACAACGGAUAGUCAAUGAACAACCUCCAACAUUAACUGAGAAAAUCCAACCAAUCACCAGAAUACCUUAUGAUCCAACAUUAUGUGCAUUUAUAGACUUGUGCCUUGUUAAAGAUGAUACGAAAAGAAGAACUCCAUUUGAAUUGCUUAAGGAUUCUGCAGGAUUCUUAAAUGGAGUACAAGAUGGUUCAUAUGAUAAGGAAAUCAAGACAUGGGCCAAAGGAAUUAGAAAACAGUUGAAAGAAUUACAUCAAGAACAUUGA